AUGAACCGUCCACCCCCUGGGGAGAUCUCCUAUGAGAACAUGUGUUUUCUGGUAACUCACCGCCCUACCAAUGCUGCCCUCAACAAGUUCACAGAGGAACUUAAGGGAGUGACAACUUUGGUUCGAAUUUGUGAUGCUACGCAUGAUAAAGCACCAGUUGAAAAAGAAGGAAUCCACCUUCUAGAUUGGCUGUUUGAUGAUGGGGCGCCACCCUCUAAUCAGAGAGUAGAUGAUUGGCUAAACCUACUAAAAACCAAAUUUCGUGAAAAGCCAGGUUGCUGUGUUGCACGAUUGGGAAGGGCACCGGUGCUGGUUGCACUUGCUUUAAUUGAAUGUGGAAUGAAGUAUGAGGAUGCAGUUCAGUUUGUAAGACAAAAAAGAAGGGGGGCAUUCAAUUCCAAACAGCUGCUUUACCUGGAGAAAUACCAACCUAAGAUGUGA